UGCACCGGAAGUUCCUGGCCCGGCCUGGCGGUAACCUUGGGGGGCCUGGCUGCCGCGGCUGCAGUUGCUGGGUGGGCUUAACGAGUCUGCGCCUCAGCCAGGUUAGGCUCGUGAGCUGCCGGAGCCGCCGAGGUUGCACCGGAGUUCGCUGACGUACGCGGGGAGCAGGCACCCGCUCGCGGAGCUGCCCAGCCGACAUGUCUCUAGUGGCGGAAGCUUUCGUCUCCCAGAUCGCAGCUACAGAACCUUGGCCAGAAAAUGCUACAUUAUAUCAGCAACUGAAAGGGGAGCAAAUUUUGCUUUCUGACAAUGCAGCUUCUCUUGCUGUGCAGGCCUUUUUGCAGAUGUGUAAUCUGCCUGUCAAAGUGGUUUAUAGGGCAAAUGCAGAAUAUAUGUCUCCAUCUGGUAAAGUACCUUUUAUUCAUGUGGGAAAUCAAGUAGUCUCAGAACUUGGUCCAAUAGUCCAAUUUGUUAAAGCCAAGGGCCAUUCUCUUAGUGAUGGGUUGGAUGAAGUCCAAAAAGCAGAAAUGAAAGCUUACAUGGAAUUAGUCAACAAUAUGCUGUUGACUGCAGAGUUGUAUCUUCAGUGGUGUGAUGAAGCUACAGUAGGGGAGAUCACUCAUGCUAGGUAUGGAUCUCCUUACCCUUGGCCUCUGAAUCAUAUUUUGGCCUAUCAGAAACAAUGGGAAGUCAAACGUAAGAUGAAAGCAAUUGGAUGGGGUAACAAGACUCUGGAUCAGGUCUUAGAGGAUGUGGACCAGUGCUGUCAGGCUCUUUCUCAAAGACUAGGAACACAACCAUAUUUCUUCAAUAAACAGCCUACUGAACUCGAUGCACUGGUAUUUGGUCAUCUAUAUACCAUUCUAACCACACAGUUGACCAAUGAUGAACUGUCUGAGAAGGUCAAAAACUAUAGCAACCUCCUGGCUUUCUGUAGAAGAAUUGAACAGCACUAUUUUGAAGAUCGUGGUAAAGGCAGGUUGUCUUAGAGAUAUGUUAGUUAUUAUUUCUUUAAAGAUCUGAUUUUUGAAAUAUGUGUUACUUGAUAGAUAUAAUAGAUAUUGAUAUCAGAAUUUUAAACCAAAACCAAUUUUUUGAAACCUCAAAACAAAUUAUAUAAUGUAUCCUGUACAUGUUCUUUGUACUGUUAUUUGUGUACUGUUAUUGAACUAUUUCAUUUGACAUAUUGUACUUUACAUCUUGAAGUUUUUGUUCCCUUAUAAACAUAUAAAAAUAAAGCUUAAACAACUGUA